UGUUAUGAGUUUCUCACCUGACUAGCUCUAAUGAAUCGCUUUUUCAGAUAAAUAAAAAAAUGUACGCUGUAUGCAAACUUCCGGAAGAAAAUGAUGCACUCAUUACAGUGUGCGCUAAGUGGCUGGUUGAGUGCAAUACAUUCACAUUCUAUCCGCCGAGAUCUCAAAGCGUGAGUUCAUUGUUGAAGAAAAACGCUGAUCCCAAUUUCUCAUCAUGGCCAAAAUAUCCCGUUGAGGUCAUGGAUUUCUAUGAAACGUAUGAAAAAGCAAAGGCGAAAACCCGAAAAGCCUGCGACACAUCAAAUCUCGACACCUCUGAUGAGGAAGAGUCGAGGAGAUCUCGCUGCGCUAGACGGAAGAGGAACCUUAGUCAGGAGCUGCAGUUCCUGGAGGAGCAGCCAUCACGCAACCAGAACAAGAGUCCACCAUACCCCGAUUUCGAGGAAGAGCCGCUUCAACUUCCUACCCCCAAUCCUCAAAUUCUUUCCAUACACCCCCAAGCUCUCAUCAACCACCUCCAAUUUCCGACCACCCACCCCAAAGCUCAUAUCAAUCAUCAUCCUCCAUCCAUCCAUCGACUUCCAAUGUCACACCAAUAG